UUCAGUCAGUGACUUUCUGCCUGCAUUACUGAGAGUGCUGCUUAUCUAUGUUGAGUUCGUAUCUUCAAAUAAAAUUCAUGAUUUUUUUCUGAUCUGGUUCCACGUACUAAUAACUUAAAAAUGUCUGAUAGGCGACGACGUAGGAAACCAGUCACAGAAGGUGGCUCUGACGAAUCAUCCGAUGAUUCGGCUGAUGAAGUAAUACACAACUCCCAUUCUGAUUUGGGAAGUGAUGCUGAGGGAGCCAACAGCGAAUACGAGAGCGCUGACGAGGAAGAAUUAGCACCUCAUGUUGCUGAUCCUAACAAUCCUGAUGCUAAACUGGAUGAUGAUGAAGACAGGAAAAAUCCUCAGUACAUUCCCAAGAGGGGAACAUUUUAUGAGCAUGAUGACAGAACCAUGCCUCCAGAUGAAGAAGGCAAUGUUCUUAGAAGUGACUUGCUGGAGGACACAACUGCGCCUAAGUGUUACCCUGGCUCGACCCUGCCUGUGGUGUCCAUCAGCUUGAAGGCCAGUGCUGAUGCUGAAACUAGUGCAUUGGCUGGCUCUGCCCGCUCUAAAAAGUCAUGGCGUGGAGAUGAAGGCAAAUGGUCGCACGACAAAUUCCAAGAAAUUGACCAGGCGCCCAAGCCGCGUGAAGAGCUUGUGUCUGUGUACGGUUAUGACAUCCGCAGUGAAGAAGGCGCUCCUCGUGCCCGCAGACGGAGACGAUAUGGUCGCGGACCUAACAAGUACACCCGGAACUGGGAGGACCUGGAUGCCUACUCACGCCCUGCGCGUGGCGGUGCUGCUGUUGCUCGUGGAGGCAAGCCGAUGCCCCCACACCCUGACAGGAAAGAUCAGGACUUCCCUGCUCUAGGGGAGCCCGGCGACGCCGGUACUGCACACAGAGGCAGUAAAGCAAACUCUGAGUCGCGUGAGAGCGGCACUGAAGUGAACAUGAACCAGGGCGGCCUGCAGCAGGAGGCCCACCGCAGUCCUGCCAGGCACAAGGGCGGCUCCGUGGUGUACACGAGCCAAGAAUAUCGCCGCUCCCGUCCUGAGGACCGAGCUGCUGGGGAGGAGCAGAGCACGCGAGGCAGAGGCAGGGGCGCCAGGUCUUCCCGAGGGAGAGGUCGAGGAAGCAGGAGUGACAGAGGGGGGUGGAAGGGCAGAUAUCCUGGUGGGGAAGAAGCCUAUUCCCAGCAUGACAGUCGUGCUAGUGAUGACGUCCGAGUGUCGGGUGUGCGAGGUGAAGGCAACCCUCCUGCUGCCCAGCACCACUACCAGCAGCAACCUCGUGAACAAGGCAAACAUCAACAGUCGCCUCGAUCAGCCGCCCGACCCCGCAACCCUGAAGCUGGGGUCCAUGACUCGCCUAAACAUGUGCCUCGGAAUGAGCAGCCAACUACCGCCCAUCCGCCGGGCAGACAACAAUAUGGUGGACAUCCGCAACAGUCUCAGCCACAACACUCGCCACAAACUCAGCAACAGCAUCAUCAGCCACAACAGCCUGGCUAUCAUCAGCCGCAACAGCCACAACAACAGCAGCAACAACAGCAGGCGUUUGGAAGAGGCACCCAGAAACGGUACUCCAGCCAACGAGGUGUUCGGCCCGGCAACAACGUGGCUGCGGUUGACCGCAAUGGCUCCGUGAGUGGUAGCAACAACUCGCACUACACACCACACCCGCACCACAACUACUACUACCACGACAACAGCACCACGCCACCACCACAGCCUGCUCUGGCUGACGCUGGAUUGCAUCAUGGGUCAGGACUUGGUGUCAACGGCGGAGGCUCUGGCGCCGUUAUAUAUGACGGGACCAGCAGCAACGCGACUGCUGCACGCCACGCCCCUUCGGUCGUCCCCGUCGCCUCGACGCAGUUCGUCGCAUCGGCGCAGUUCGUCCGUGACCCAAGCGCUUACAUCGGCGCAGGCGCUCUGGCCGCCCCGGCACCCGUCCUCACACGGAUGUAUACUCCUGUUAGUGUGGUAGGAACGGCGCCUGCUGAAAUCGUCUCACCAGUGCUGGGACCAGCGUCAGUAGCAGCAGCAGUGAUUGCUCCUGUGGUGACAGCGGUGCCGCAAGCCGGUGUCGUGGCGCGAGCUCCCUUCAUCGCGCCAGACGCUGCAGGUCUCAUCCCAUGCCAGUUCAACGCCACGCCGCAGCCCACACCGCCACCGCAGUUCCCUGCUCCACACCCUCCGCAGUUCCCGGCGUAUACGUCCUACCCACCACCGCCUGCUAGUGAAGGGACCCAGCCUCAGGAAGUAUACCGCAAUGGUGUGAUGUACUACAACACCCAAAGUCAACAGCCUCAGCGCUCAAGCACUACGUUACAAAAACGCCCAAAGGCAGCGAUUCCCAUCGUACCUCCUCCUGAAGACCUCGAUGGUGAGAAGAAGGAUGGAUCAUCUCCUCAUCCCGACGAUACCGAGCAAUAUCAAUACGAACCUGAUGCCAUGGGAGCAAGUGCAUUGCAAGACUCGUUACCACCAAGCGAUAUGAAUGCUAAAGCUACUCAGCAUCGAACUACUGUUGUGGCUGCCGACAAGCGCGGCAGUGGCCAUGCUGUUCCGACUGAUUUUACAUUCGAAGAAGCAGAAAAUGUCGAAGUUGUACGUGAAGUUAACCCUAGUGAUCACUGUGCCAUCCAGCAACUGCAACUUCAGCAGCAGCUUCAACUCGAACAGGAAGCAGUUCUUUCUGGAGGUGUGCAAGAUCCGAUAAAUGAUGUUAUUCAGACUACUACAUAUGAAAGAAGUACCGAUACUCACGCCGCUGCUGAUGAGAUGGUCAUCGUUGACCAUCCUACUGGUACUGAACGUUGCGACGUUUCCCUCCCUGUUGAUGGAAGUGGCAUCGUUGCCCACACUGCUGAUGCCGCUGCAGAUAAAACUUCAUCCGUUGCUAGUGCUACUUCAGAACUCGGCAGUUCAAGUGCAGAGCAGACGAAAGCCUCAUCGGUGGAUGAGAGCGGCAACUUGACGACCGAGAAAGCCUUGAGUGAGAAAACCGCGGCUCUCUCUAUGGCUGAUGUUGUUGACACGGACAAUGCAAAGUUUGAAGACAGCGUCGAAGAUUUAGAAACUGUUCCGUGUUCGAAGUUGACAGAAACUCUGGCAAACGAACAAGUUUCUGAUGGAAAAGGGAAGGAAACCUCGAUUUCUUGAAUGCUUACACUAGUAGUUAUUUCUCAUGGUGUCUCACUGGGAUUAUUUAUUUAACUAGCCACCUAGCACUCCCUGUAGAUUUUCAUCUUUUCUGUUUCUGGUUUGGUCUAUUAUUUUAUGACUGGGUAAUGCCUUUCCUUUUAGAUAAGUUUUCAACUAUUUAAUUUUUUCUACACUUUAGCUUCGAAAUUUCUUCUUUUGGAAUUGUGCUUCUAAGAAUUCUAAGAUACCUAUUAAGCUUCUAGGUAGAUGAUAUUGUGAACAUAACUACUUCACGUCUUUUCCAGCGUUGUCCUGCAUCAGCUUUGACUAAUACAUUGAAAUUGAGUGUACAUUUAAACCGAAUUACGUAGAAUGACUUCGUUAUUCUCAGAACCAAUUAGAGAUGCCAAGGAAAUUUAAGCACUUGAAAAUCACUGGGUAUUUCAAAAGUUCGAAUUUGGUUAUUUUCUCUGCACUGUUUACUUUUCAAUGAUAGGUAAAUUUUAUAUAUUAAAUUUAGAAGCCCAAUUAAUUGACUAGAAAUUUACGCGAGUUCAUUGGUGAACAUGUACUUCUCAGUAGACCUAAUCAUGACCUAUGUGGAGAUCAAUUUGUUAAUAUAUAUACCGCAAUUCCUUAGUAAAUGUACAUCAUUCGCGCGGGGCUAAGCCUCUUCUCUGAUGUAAUGUUCUCACCUCGUGUAAUUGUACGGGAAAACGACCUAAAAUUGUUUUUUUUUCUUUGCGUUUCUAUCAGAACUCGAUAUCAGGAUUCUUGUUUAAAUAAUUAUAAAUGUUUCUUGUAUUAAGUUAUUGUUUGAACGUUUCAUAAUUGUUUAAAUAAUCAAAAAUCACUUAUGAGGAAAUGGACUGACAUCACAUCAAGAGGGAGCUUCUAAUAUGCAAGCUGUUCAGAUAAUUUUACAUCAUACGUAGAAUAUUUAUGUAUUGUUUUGGUUGUAUUUUGAAUACCCAUUGAUACUGAGCUAUGCAUUGAAAAUGACGGAUAUCUGACAAGAUAGGCGCUCUUUAAGUUUAUUGUUAAGAGAGUUCAGCCUCACCUUGAUUAUGAAUACUAAUUUUAGAAAAGGCUAAAGUGAUACUCUUAAAAUCAUAACAGACUUUUUGCCUCUCCAAAGUGAAUGAAUUUCUAUGUUUGGGAUAAUUUUUGGGAACUGAUACAUAUGAAAUUAACAAGUUAACAAUUUUCCAUGCACAUCAUGUUAUUGAUACCAAAAAGUAAUAAAUCGAUUCAGUUAUAUUGGGUGAACUUUCAUAUAACUUGGAGGUAUCGAAAUCUUUUGCUGGACUCUUUUGGCCUGUUAAGCGAAUAUUUUUCUCUAGUUUAAUUAAGUUUUGAUCAACUCUACUGCGUUUCUUUUUGUCGAUCACCUAAGUUUUACAGAUCUUCUCCAGUUGAAUAGUUGAUAGCGGUUGUAAAAGAAAACAGUUGCUGGCUUGAGUUUAAGUGGUACGACGUGACCAUUUCAGACAUGAAAUGGUACAACGUUUUUAAAUUCGUGUGUCAUCGCGAAUUUUAUUUGCUGUGCAGGCUCUCGAUUUUGUACACGUAUAUUCUGAAGAAUAAAUAAUUUGUCAAGAAAUUCGUAAUGGUAGAUAAACUUGAAUUUCCAAGAAUCUAAAGCUAAGUCGUUUUCAUAAAGUGCUUGUGUUAAUUUUAUUUGUCAUUCUAUCAGGAAUGUAACACAGAAGUAUUAACUGCUGAAAUAAUUUCAGAUUAGCUAAUGAAAUUACUUUUGAUUGCACAGAAACGCCCCGAAAAAUCAAGGUUCUGAUUCAUUUCUACUGUUGAUUUCUGGCAGUUCAAGGUAAUACUGAUAGAGUACUAAGUACAUUCUUAACAUUUUUCAUCUUUAGACUCGAGAGUUGUCAUUGCUUACUGCUUUUAAUACUUUGCUACUCGUACUAUAUACGUUUUUUUCUAUUAUUGUGAAUCCGAUGAUAGUCUUUACAUUGAAAUUUCAGCUAAAGUUGAAUUUGACAUUUUAAUGUGAGUUUGAUGAAGAAAUACUUCCAAUUUUAUAAUAUUCGCUCCGUGCGAUUAAAAUUAACCUAUUUAUUUUAGGUCUUCUCAAUUUUCUACUAUUUUCUCUUGAUAUGUGGCCCUGUCGUGUAAAUUGAGUGAUCAAUGCUUGAUAACUAAUGCCAGCGUUACUCACUUAGCUUGCUUGAAUUUCUUUAUCUUUUCUCCACUCCGACAACGUAAGUUGCCAAAUCAAUGGAUAAAUCCAUUCGUUUUCUAACAUGACGGGUCCUCUUCUAAUCUUCAUCAGAGUU